GCUAGCAACACCUGGCAACCAUCGGAGAGAGAAGCUUAACGUUAGUUGGUAUUUUUCGUUAUUAUGAGUUAAAUAAUGUCUUUAAAACAGGCUCGGUUAUUUUAACGGGACUUUUUAACGGUUACCGGGGCAACGUAGCAACAAAACAACAGCUGUAUGGAUGGCGGGGGAUAGUGAGAGCAUAGUGUCUGAGUACCUGGACCAGAACCCGCAGCUGGCCCAGUGGGUUGAGACUUUCAGGGGCUACUGUGAGAGCAACAAGCAGUGGGAAGCUCGCAAAGAGUUCAUCCUCAGGAACAUGGAGGCUUUCCCUUCAGUGCAGCAAGAGCAACAGCAAGGAGGAAGCUCCAACAACAGCAGUCUGGACCGGCUGCUGUCUCUGUCCAUGGCCUGGGCUAAUCAUGUGUUCCUUGGAUGCAGUUAUCCGGCGUCUGUGAUGGACAAGAUCAAGGAGAUGGGUGAGGGGAUAGCCGUCCAAGAUCCUCCCGUUCACAAAACCACGAAGGAGCUGCUGGGCAAAGGAAAACGGGGCGCCUCGACUCGUAAUGGCGAAGGCGACGGCUGCGUGAAACGAGGCAAAUGCGGCUCGGCGUGGUCCGCGAGUCAGAAGUCUGGUCCCACUCCGCAGGCUCCGGCAGAGCACCAGCCCUUCUUCAACCGCCUCUACAAGGCCGUGGCCUGGAAGCUGGUGUCGGCGGGGGGCUUCGGCCCCAACCUGGACCACUUUGAAAUCCUCCGCAGCUGCGUGGAGUCGUGCAAACAGACGGUGACCUGCGUGUUCGUCCCGCUGAAGGACAUCGCCGGCCUGCCUGCGGGACGCACGCAGAAGGAGGGCCACGUGUGCGAGAUCCGCUGUCAGACUGUCUACAUGGGCACGGGGUACGGGCGGGACGAGGCCGCCUCCAAAGCCAUGGCUUCCAAAGAAGCGCUGAAAGUGUUUCAGGGCAGGAAAGUGACAGUAAAGAUCUGCAGGCGGAGGUACAAAGGGAGAGACGUGGAGGAUCUGAUGCUGCUGGACGAGCAGCCUCGGAGUCAGGGCUUCCCUCCCGCGCUCAGCUACCCUUUUCAAGACGAGCAGCUGGAAGACGCUUCUCUAUAG